UCAAGCUCUCACACCUUUACGACAAAGAAAGAUUCAAGCCACCAGCCAACAAUAAGAGCGGGCUCGAAAAUUGAGAUGACCCAAUUGACAAGGAGGAGGAUUCUCGUUUUUUCAAUUCAUUAUUCAUUUAGAUUUAUCAUGGUAGUUUGAAUUGGGUUUGCUCUCCUCCGCUCUACGGCGUACAUCUACGCUCAUUAAGCCCCUCGCCAUGCGACCCCCAAUCCGAAUUCCAAUUCCACUCCCGCCCUCCUGCAGUGGUCCCGUAUCAUUAUCGUUCCCGUUUUCCUCCGUACCAUCCAAUUCGCUACUCUCAAAAUGGAUAUGUCACCAAUGCCUGCAGCAACGGCACGGACGUGUGCCGAGACGACAGAUCUCCCGCUUUCUUUCACGUGUAUAUUCAACGACGAUACCACAGUUUCAAAGAAUUAAUAUUAAUAGGGGGGGUAAUAAUAACAGUAAAAGGCGGCCUAGAAGAGCGUUGCAAUAUGCCGCGGCAGGCGGCACGGUUGGGGCGGCGUUAUUUGCUUUUUCGGACGAUUUGAAGCAUGUAUAUUCGGCGGCGGAAAGGACGGGGAGGGUUACUGCGGCGUUAGUCAUUUGUAUUAACGACUAUCGGAAGACCCUAAACCGACAUUCGGACUCCGAAGAAGAAAAAGCGGAGUGGCUGAAAGCCUGCCACAAGCGCUGCGCGGAGCGAACCUUGCGCGUGCUGGAGAAGAAUGGAUCAAUAUUCAUCAAGCUGGGACAACACCUGAGUAGCAUGGGCUACCUACUACCGCUGGAAUGGACCACAACAUUUGUCCCGCUACAAGAUAAAUGCCCCGUCUCUUCGUUCGAGUCAAUUGAGGAGAUGUUCGUCAAGGAUACUGGACACACGAUCGACGAGCUUUUCUCAAGUUUUGAUAGGGUACCUAUCGGGGCUGCUUCUCUGGCGCAGGUCCAUGUUGGGGUGCUAAAGGAAACAGGUCAAAAAGUUGCGGUGAAGGUGCAGCAUCCUGCGUUGGCCGAAUGGGUUCCGCUGGAUCUUGCAUUAACCCGGUUUACAUUUUUGAUGCUGAAGAAGUUCUUCCCUGAAUAUGAUCUUGAGUGGUUGUCGAGUGAGAUGGAGUUUUCUUUACCGCAGGAGUUGGAUUUUAGAAUGGAAGGGGAGAAUGCGAAGAGAGCCCGCGAAUAUUUUCGGAAGAAGGCAAUUGCUGUUGCACCUUUGGUUAUUCCUGAAGUGAUGUGGGCGCAGAAGCGAAUUCUGGUCAUGGAAUUUAUUUCAGGCCGUCGACCUGACGACCUCGAAUAUUUGGAUUCCAACAAAAUUGACAGGGACGAGGUUUCCGCCGCCCUGGCGCACAUAUUCAAUGAGAUGAUUUUCGGAGACGGCGCCCCUCUCCACUGUGACCCUCAUGGCGGGAACAUCGCGGUCAGGAAGAACGAUUCAAGACGGAAGCCCAACUUCGAUAUCAUUCUCUAUGACCAUGGUCUAUAUCGUGACAUCCCCACGGAACUGCGGCGCAAUUAUGCAAAGCUAUGGCUUGCUGUUAUUGAUUCAAAUGAAGCGGAAAUGCGCAAGUAUUCGUACAAGGUUGCCGGAGUCACAGAUGACCAAUUCCCACUUUUCGCCAGCGCAAUCACAGGCAGGGAUUAUACCGUCCUGUCGAAAAAGGCGGUUGUAUCCUCCCGCUCUGCGGAGGAGAAGGAAGCGAUAUCGAGUGCGUUGGGAGACGGAUUGCUUCAGGAGCUGGUCCAAAUGCUUGGGAAGGUUCCCCGAAUCAUCCUUUUGAUUCUUAAGACCAACGACCUAACCCGUAGUCUUGACGAAAACCUUCACACCCGCCACGGGCCGCUACGCACGUUCUUAAUUCUCGCAAAAUAUGCAACCUGCACUGUCUUCGAGGAGCAAAUGGAAGUCAUUCGCCAGCGCGGUAGCAUCCUAUGGCCGCGAAACUUCGUCCAGUUCGUCCAGGCCUGGGCCAGCUAUAUUCGAGUCGAGAUUAAAUUGGAGUUAUAUGAACAUUGGCUCUCGUUUAGGGGCCGGCUAGGCUUGCAUAACUGAUUGAUUCGAUAAUAUCCGUGGUCUCGAAUCAACGAAGGUAAAGAUUACCUCUCUAUCUAUAUUGGGGCCUGACAUAUCUUUCCCUUCUCUUUUCUUACCUGGCCAGUGACCUUUGUUUUCGUCACCCUCCACAUUUUUCCAUACUUUUUCUGAACCAGCAUUAGCGAAAGGCCUCUUUCUUCUUUUGGGCUGAUUGUACCAAAUUAUAUGCAUUUUCUGUGCAACCUCGUAUAUUUACCUAUUUUUGUUAUAUCUAGAUAUAUAGACUUUUAUAUAGACAGGAGGAUUUAUUGGUUGUUAGCGAUUUUGCGCAGGAUUUCUACUUAAAUUAAUGUAAAUUACUAUAUUCAAAGCCAAAAAGUACAGUUCAUCUUUCCCUAGAGAAAGAUUAGCCUCCACCAAAAGUGAUUAAAAACUCCUUAGAUCCCCCGAAUCUCACGUGACUGGGAAGAUCCGCAAAAAGUAGAUAUCGGGAACAAGGUGUAUGUAUCCAAUGGAUGUAUAUUUCGAAAAAAUAUUAAUAGAGGCCAACAUUUAGUGAGUCUUUUCUGUCUUUAUUAUUGUCUUUCAAAAGUCACUUAUAACCACUAGUUAUUCUGGGGGUCUGCGAAACCUGCAAAUCACCGGCAUAUAGGCGGGAGGAGGAGGAGGAGCUCUUCCAUGCUUUGUACAGAAGGAAAAGUAGCGUAAAUUGAAGACGCCUGAUAUCUUCGAUCCUUACCUAGCGUACACAGACUUAAUAGGAAAAACGGGCUUCUGCACAGACAAGCAUGACGGCAGACAAGAAACAAUCACUGGGCAAGAGGCUAUCCGGAAAAAAUCCCAGGUCAAUACACGUCCCGAUGGCCGCAUUCGCCAUGGCCCUUGUCCUGGGUGCAUACUGCAUCACUAGCAUACGCGGCGCACGCCGUAACGCAAGAUAUUCAUCCUUAACGCCCUCUAUCUCCGGCGGGUCAGAGGGGACGGAGGGGAGCGGUUAAUGUUGAAUGUUGAAUGUUGAUGUAGAGAUUGAGAUGUGGGAGCUGAGUGUUUGAGGAGCUGUUUUUUUCUCGAGGUUCUGCCUUUCUUGUCUUGUGUUGGUUAUUUUAUUUUUAUUUUAUUUGUUUUUAGCAUAUAACUGCAAUCCUGUCAGUGGGAGUUGGGAGAGGAAAAGACACUGCUUUGAUACUUCUAUGUGUACCUAAAGGUUCUGGUGCGUUUAGAAUAUGUUCCAAGGGCAUUGGAGGCGCUAUUUUCAGAUUUUUAUUUUUAUUUCCGAGAAGGGGGUUAACUAUGUAAUGUCCACGGGUAUUGCUGUGGGGCGUGGUUGGCUUCUUACACCAACAUGAGAAUAGCAAAAUACUACGUAAUCUGGAGAAUUACGAUAAUCCGGGUUUCAUAGAUGUGCCUAACCUCGUAUGUACAUGUACAUGGAAAUCAAUAUGAAGCCUGUUUACGACUCGAUCCAAUCAAAUCGCCAAUCAAGCACAGUUAUGUUCGUUGUCCUCUAUCUACAGCGUAUCAUGAUGGUAUGACGAUGGCGUAGCUCCUGGCCUGGCCCCAUCGCCAAAACAUAAGGAAAAGCGAACGGACAAGGAAAUGAAAAAAAG